CGGCGCUGAGCGUCUCCCUGGGCCGCAUUGCCAUGGCCGCCCGUGGUGGCGUCCUCCCCGCCGGCGAGGGACUGCGCUAUGCCGAGUACUCGCCGCCCUCCGCCAGACAGCCAGACGCCGACGUCGACCGGGGACUGGCAAGAAGUUUGAUAGCUGUAGGACUGGGUGUUGCAGCCUUUGCGUUUGCAGGUCGCUAUGCAUUUCAGAUCUGGAAACCUCUAGAACAAGUAAUCACAGAAACUGCAAAGAAGAUUUCAAAUCCUAGCCUUUCAUCCUACUAUAAAGGAGGAUUUGAACAGAAAAUGAGUAGGAGAGAAGCCAGUCUUAUUUUAGGUGUAAGCCCAUCUGCUGACAAGGCCAAGAUUAGAACAGCCCACAGGAGAAUCAUGAUUUUGAACCACCCAGACAAAGAUGGACAUACAGAUUUGCCAGCACCUUUUGUUAAAGAGAUGGUCAUUUCCCCAUUUAAUGGACUUUGAUCCUUUGUCAAAGAUCAGCUGACCAUAGAACCCUGAGACCACCAUGUGAAGAAGACUGGGCUAGCAUCCCGGAGGAUGAAAGAGGAAGUGGAGAAAGAGACAGCCAUCCCACUUGAGGUCCCAGUGAGACUAUCCUGGGCCGCCCAGCCCUAUCUGACCUGACCCAGAUCAGAAGAAUCACCCAGCCAGUGAGAAAUUAAAAAUUGUUACUGUUUUAAGUCACUAAGUUUUGGGGUGGUUUGUUGUGCAGCAAAGGCUGGUAUAGAAAAUAUUCCAUGAUGAUAAGUGCUUUAAAAAAAACUAAAGCAGAGUAGGGUGUAUAGAGAUUGACAGCUGGAGGUGGGGACGGUUGCAUUUUUACAUACAGCGAUCUUAGAAACCCACUGUAAGGAGAUAAUAUUUGAGCAGAGACCUAAAGGAGUGAGUCAGGGAAAAGCCUGAGGAAAGAGUAUUUUGGGCAGAAGGAAAACUAAGUGCAUGGGCCCUGAAAUGAGAACACGUUUGUGUGCUUCUGGAAUUUUAAGGAGCACAGUGAGGAAGAGGAGGGUGGUGGGAAAUGUGAUUGAGAGGAAGCCUGAGGCCAAGUGAUGGAGAAACUUGUAAACUAUUAUAAGAACUUAGGGUUUUAUUUUUAAGUGUUACAGGAAUGAUAUUACCUGAUUUACAGUAUUAGGAAGACUACAUUGGUAGCAAUGGAGAAAAUUGGGUGUCGAGGGUGGAAGCAAGGAAGUUAGAAAAAAUAGUAGUAGUUUGAGAGAGAAUGAGAAUUGAUUUGGACUUGGGUUUUUGUAGUGAAGAAGAUAAAGAGUAGUCUAACUCAGGAUGUACUUUGAAGGUAAAGCUAACGUGGCUGAUGGAUUGGGGGUAAGAAAAUAGAAAGAUGAUUGCUAGGUUUUUGGCCAAAGCAAUGGUUGAAAGAACACAAGAAACGUUGGCAUAGUGAGAAACGUAGAGGGGAUCUCUGCAACAUCACGUAGUCUAAAUGCAGCAUGUGUAUGUGAAGCUCCUCUUUCAUACCUUUAGGAGGACAGUAUUAUCGUCCCUGAGAAAAAACCACAAGUAGUGAAGCUUUGGCCUGUGUAAGGAAGACUAGUUUUAGAGUUGGAGCCCUCUUAAUUCGCCUUUACAAGAGGUCAGUCAACUAAUAAUUAUUGAGUACCUAUUGAGAACCGAGAGAGAGCGCCCUGGUGGCACAGUGGUUAAGUGCUCGGCUGCUAACCGAAAGGCUAGUGGUUUGAACUCACUAUUGGCUCUCCAGGAGGAAGAUGUGGCAGUCUCUUUUUGUAAAGAUUUACAACCUUGGAAACCCUAUGGGGCAGUUCUACUCUGUCUACCGGGUCACUGUGAGUCAGAAUCGACUCAGUGUCAACAGCUUUGGUUUUUUACUAGCUGACUCAGGAGCUUUGGUGGUGUAGUGGUUAAGAGCUAAGGCUGCUAACCAAAAGAUUGGCAGUUUGAAUCCACGAGCCACUUCUUGGAAACCCUAUGGGGCAGUUCUAUUCUGCCCUGAAGGGUUACUAUAAGUCGGGAUCGACUUGAUGGCAGUGGGUUUAGUUUUUUGGACUGAGAGCCAGGCUGUGUUCUAGGCACUAGGGCUAUGGUAACAGAAAAAGCGAUGUUCAGACAGAAGCAGUGAAAGUGAUUUGAGACUAAAAAUUGCUGGAAGACAAGUUGGUAGCGAUGUCAUAGGCGAUACUCAUUUAUUGGGUAAAGGGUAGAAUCCUUUAGGAUGUUUUCAACUUUAGGUUGUUGUGAUUCUCUAAUGAUCUGAUAAACUAAGACUACAGUAAAAGUAUUCUUUAGGUCCUCAAUAAUCUGACCCCACAUGGGAUUUUAAUAUAUUUCUUUUAAGGCAGAUGGGUGGCGUGUUAAGAACCCUUCAAAUCAGCAGGUGACAGUCAUUCUUACUUUUGUCUUACAUAUUUGGGAUGUGGACAUCGAUAAGCUGUAAUGAGAGUUAAGGAAUAUAAAAACAGCUGUGAUAAGAUCUGUCAAACAAUACUAUCAGAAACACCCAAGGAUAAAAAAGGAGCUUGUUCUUCUUACUCCCCAGGUUGGUGUGCUAAUUAUUAAACUCACAUUAAUAAAGUAUGGUUAACUUUGAACAAUCACUAAUUGCAAAAUAUUUGCACAAUUUCUCUUGUGCUGGUCAGGACCUUUUAUCCAGACAUUUUGAGGAAAAGUUUCAUUUAUUUUUAAAGCACCCACUCAUAAUACACUUGUUUACCUGUUUUCUUUAUCUCUGGAAUGGUUUUGCUCCUAUGAAGCUCAUUCUCGAUGCAGGGAAAUAAUAAAAUAGUGACUAAUCACUGUUCCACCUCCUCAUACUAGGCAUGUGUCUUGAGUCCCAUCUGUGUACUCAGAGCUAUGUUGAGAACACAGAGGUCUAAGACACGGUUGCUCUCGAAAGGAUUUAUUAUCUAAUGAUUGUAUAUAGCCUUUCAGAGAUAAAUCACCAAGGAUUGGCUUCAGUCUUCUCAAUAAUGAAGGGGACCUGGGAAAAAAUUAGGGGCUUGAAGAAAGGAGAAAAGGCUUGCAACAACCAUAUGUUUAAUAUGGUAGGAAUUUAAUAAACAAAAAAUCCUAUAAACAAAAUUGACAGGCAGUGUGGUAUGGUGGUAAGAAUGCAGGCUCUGGAGCCAGGCCUCCUCGGGAUCCUGGCUCCACCCCAUAGUAACUUUGUGGCUGACGUUUGGGCAAGCCUAUCAGUUUUGUUUAAACUUUUUCUUUGAUUCAGCUUCUUUAUGUAAUAAAAAUAAGAAUUGAGCUAUUAAGGAGUGGUUGGAAGAAUCAAAUGAAAUAGUAUAUUAGAACAAUGCUCAGUAACUAUCCUGACCAUCAGGAUCAUAAUCAUAGGUUUGCUGAGCCCCGGUGGUUUUGGGACAGCAUGAAUUUGUAGUGUCAUUAGACUGUAUGGAGGUCAUUGGGAUAUAUCUUCAGUAUUAGUUUUUCAAUAUACUUAAAAAUUGAAAAAUAUAUUCAUAACAGUAUACAAAUUACAAGUAUGGAACUAAUAAAUUGUCAUAAAGUGAACCCAUUCAUCCAGCCAGCGCCCAGAUUAAGAAACAGAAUGAAUCCACCACCCCAAAAGCUCUCCUCAUAUACCGUUCCAGUCACUACCUCAACCCCAGAAGUAACUACCGUCCUGACUUCUAUCACCAUAGAUUAGUUUUGCCUGUUUUUGAACUUUUUAUAAAUGGAAUCAUAUAAUGUAUAUAUAAUUCUGUAUUUGUCUUCUUUCACUUAUCAUUAUCUGUGAGAUUUCAUUCGUGUAACACUGAAUUCUGUAGUAUUCAUUCAUCUUUAUCACUGUACAGUAUUCUGUAGUACGAAUGUACUACCGUUUCUCCAUUUUUUCUGUCGAGUUGUCUGUCUUUUUCUUACUGACUUUGGGAACACCAGAUAUUCUGAUAUUCUGGCUGUGUGUCCUUUGUAUUGCAGACAUCAUCCAUCACUCUCUGGUUUGCUUUUGCAUAUUCUUAAUGGUGUCUGUUCAUGAAGAGAAAUUUUUAAUUUUCAUAAAAGAGCCCUUGUGGUGUAGUGGUUAAGUGCUCGGCUCUAACCCAAAGGUUAGCAGUUUGAACCCACCUCCUUCUGCAGGAGAAAGAGGUGGCAACCUGCUCCUGUAAAAAUUACAGCCUUGGAAACCCCAGGGAGCUGUUGUUGUUGUUCUGCUAUCAGGUUGCUUUGAGUCAGAGUCUACUCGACGGCAGUGGUUUCGGUGGGUUUGGUACAGGCAAACUUAUCGGAUUUUUCCUUUAUACUUAGCGCUUUUUAUGUUCUUUUUAAAAAGUCUUUGCCUGUAUUUGAGGUCAUGAAAAUCUCAAGUUCAUGAAGAUAAUUUCUAGAACCUUUAUUAUUUUAUACAAUUAUCUAUAAUAAUCCGAAAUUGACUUUUGCAUAUGGCAUGAGAUGGGGUAAAGUUUCCUUUUAUAAAUUAAGUAGGUAGGUAGAUAAUAGAUACAUAAACAGGUAGAUAUCCAACUGGUUCAGCACUGUUUAUUGAAAAGGUAAGCCUGUCCCUUGUUGUUGUUAGUUGCUGUCAGUCGAUUCCAACUCAUGGCAACCUCAUGUGUUACAGAGUAGAACUGCUCCAUAGGGUUUCUUGGCUGUAAUCUUAAUGGAAGCAGAUUGCCAGACCUUUUCUUCAGUGGUACCGCUGGGUGGUUUGAACCACCAACCUUCAGGUUAGCAGUCAAGCACAAAUUGUUGGCACAACAUCCUGUGCCUAUAGUGUUGCUCUUGUCAUAAAUCAAGAAACCAGAUAUUUAUGGGAAUGUUUCUGGAUUCUCUCUCUUAUUGGUCAGUUCUUUAUGUUUGUACCAAUACCACACUGUUUUGAUUUGUGUAGCUUUAUAACAUGUCUUUAUUUCUGGUAGUCCUUCAACUUUUUUAUUAUUCAAGACUUCUGGCUAUUUUUUACCCUUUGCAUUUUCAUAUAAAUCUUGUUCAUUUGAAUGUGCAUGUGCACACACACACACACACACAUUCACAACCAAACCUCCUGGGGUUCUGAUUGGGAUUGCUAUGAAUGUAUAUACCUAUUUGGGCUGAAUUGACAUCUUUAUGUUAUUGAAUUUUUCAAUCCAUGAACAAGACAUGUCCUUCCAUUUAUCUAGGUCCUUUUUAAUUUAGUUCAAUAAGGUUUUACAUGUUUUGUGAUCUUUUACAUGUUUUUGUUAAAUUUAUUCCUAGUAUUUUUUAAAUGCUUUUAUAAAUUGUGUUUAAAAGUUUUUUAUUUCAUAAUUAUUUAUUGUUAAUACAUAGAAUAUUGAUUUUUGUGUAAUGAUCUUGUAUCCAGCAACUUGUUAAAUUCAUUUAGUAAUUCUAAGAUUUUGUCUUCAGAGCCUUUCGAAUUUUCUACAUACUCAGUGAUAUGAUUUAUGAAAAAUUAGUUUCUUUCUUUGCCUUCCAGUCUUUGUAUCUUUUUUAUUUGGGAGGGGAAAACCAAAAAAAAAAAAAAAAACCCAGUGCCGUCGAGUCGAUUCCAACUCAUUUGGGGCAGGGUGGGGAGGCUAAUUACAAUGACUUGAGCUUCAAAUAUGAUGUUAAAUAUGAGUGAUGGUAGUAGUAAUCUUUUUGGUUGUUGUUACUGAUUUCAGAGUCACAGGUACCAACAUUUUACUACUAAAUUAUGAUGUUCGAUGUACCGUAUUUUUACACAAAUAAUGCACAUCUUCUACAUUUGUUUGCCAACCAUACCCUUCCCCCACAAGGUAUUUUCAUAUAGCAGUGCUUAUGAAAUUUUUUUUUACACAUUGCUGUAAAAAAAAAAAAAGAGCAUAGUAUGCUUAUGAAAAUUCCUCCGGGGUAGGGUGCAGUCGGCAAAACAAAUGUAGAAGUUGCGUGUUAAUUGCAUUAAAAUAGAGUAUUUUUUGAAAACUUCUAUUUACAUCGAAGGUUCUUUGUAUCCUUAUUUUACUAAGCAUUUGAUUAUGAAUGUGUGUUAAGUUUUCUGUGAUGUUGAGAUGAUUAUCUCUUUUAUUAAUGUGAAGUACAUUAAUUAAAUGUUAAAGCUAAGCUUUCAUUUCUGAAAUAAACCUAAUUUAGUCAUGAUGUUUACCCUGAUAUUAUAAGUUAAUAUUUUGCUUGUUUUUGUUCCUAUUUUCAUGAGAGAUAUGGGGACCUGUAGUUUUCCUUUCUUAUGAUAUAUUUGUCAGGCUUUGUUAUCAGUGUUAUGCUGCCCUCAUAAAAAGAGUUGGGAUAUGUUCCCUUUUUUCUGUUUUCUGGAAUACUUUCUGUAAGAUUGGUGUUAUUUUUUCUGUAAGAAUUUGGAUGAAUUCACUGGCCAGGAUUUUCCUUUGUGGGAAGGUUUUUACUUAUAAAUUCAAUUUCACAAAUAAAUGUAAGACUCUUGAUUUUCCAUUUCUUCUUGUGUCAGUUUUGAUAAUUUUUCUAGGAAUUUCUGUAUUUAGUCUAAAUUUUACAUGCCUUGGCAUAAAGUGUAUUAGUUUUGUUUUGUUUUGUUUUUAAGAAAAGUAACCUUGCACUUUGUUGAUUCUCUCUAUUGGAUGCUUGCUUAUGGUUUCAUUAAUAUCUCUUCUUAUAUUUAUGGUUUCUUUCUACUUUUUUGUUUAAUUUCCUUCUCUUUUUUCUAACACCUUGGGAUGAAUAUUGAGAUCAUUGAUUUUCUGCCCUUUUUUCCAUAUAUACGUUUACUGAGAUAAAUUUAUAUUUCUGACUUUAAAUGUGUCAUAUUGUCAUUACCAUUUAGUUUGAAGUUUAAUUUCUUUUGUGAUAUUUUCAUUGAUGCAUGAGUUAUUUAGAAGUGUAUUGGUUGAUUUCCAAACAAUUGGGAUCCUCUAGAUGUGUUUGUUGUUGAUUUCUAGUUUAAUUCCACUAUAGUCAGAUAACACUCUAUAUCAAUACUUCUCAAACUACCUGUGGUAGACUUUUGUAAAAUACAGUAGAAAUUAAUUUACUAGAAAAAAAAGAAAUUAAAAAACAUAUAGCAUCCAUGCUCCAAUUGUUUAUUAUUAGACUCUACAAACUUACAUUACUCUAUCAAACUACUAUAAUAUUUUCCAAAUACUUUUUCUUAAUCUGUAUCUAUCUAGUUGUUGUCCAGUAACAGUUGUAAACCAGCACUGGCCCAUGGACCACACCUGAAGUCUCAUUGCUCCCUGUGAUUUUAACCUUUGAAGUUUAUUCAGACUUGCUUGUGGCCAGUUUUGGUAAAUGUUCUGUGUGUACUUUGAAGAAGGUAUAUUGGGAAGUUGUUGGGUGGAAUGUCUUAUAUAUGACAAUUAGAUCAAAUCUGUUAAUCACGUUUGUCAACUUUUCGAUGUUCUUACUGUUUCUUCUUGCCUAAUUGUGGAGUACUGAGAGAGGUAUAUUAAAAUCUCCCACAAUGAUUGCGAGUUUGUCUAUUUUUCCUUUUAGUUUUGUCAAUUUUUACUUUAUUUUGAGGCUAUAAAAAUUACUAUUAUUAUUAUUUUUUAAUAGGUAUAUUAAAAUCAACAAUUUCUUUGUUUACCAGUGGAUUGACACUUUUAACAUAAAAUUUCUAUCUCUAGUAUUCCAUUUUACCUGAAAGUGUACUUCAUUUGAUAAUUCAUAUAGCAAUGCCAGCUUUAUUUUCAUUAGUAUUUGUUUAAUAUGUAUUUUCUAUUCUAUUUAAGUAAUCCUCUUAUAACCAAAAUACAGCUUACCUAUUAUAUUACACACAAUAAAAUACACCUAUUUUAAUAGCACAGUUCACUGAACUUUGACAGUCAUGUAACCACUAACAUAAUUAAAAAAAAAAAAAAAUAGGACAGAACAUUUCCAUCAGCUCAAAAAUUCCUUGGUGCCCCUUCCCAGUCAUUGCCAAUCCCUGCCCCCAAUUUGGGAGCCCUGGUGGUGUAGUAUAAACCCUGAUGGCAUAGUGAUUAAUAGUUUAGCUGCUAACCAAAAGGUUGGCAGUUCAAAUCCACCAGACGCUCCUUGGAAAACCCUCUGGGUCAGUUCUGCUGUGUCCUGUAGGAUCGCUAUGACAGCAAUGGGUUUGGUUUUUUUUUUUUGGUUUUGUGAUGUAGUGGUUAAGAGCUUGGCUGCUAACCAAAGGGUGGGCAAUUUGAAUCCAUCAGCUGCUCCUUGGAAACCCUAUGGGGCAGUUCUACUCUGUCCUAUGGGGUUGCUCUGAGUCAGAACCAACUCGACAGCACCUAAUAACAACAGCAACACCCCCAAGUUGAGCAAUCACCAUUCUACUUUCUGUCACUAUAGACUAGAUAUGCCUUUUCUAGAGACUCAUAGAAAGGAUUGUGUAGUGUUAUGGAUUGAAUUAUGUCUCCCAAAAAUGUGUUACAAAUCCUAACCUCUAUGCCUGUGGUUAUGAUCCCAUUUGUGAAUGGAUUGUCUUUGUUAUGUUAAUGAGGCAAGAUCAGUGUAGGGUGUAUCUCGAGUCAGUCUCUUUUGAGAUGUAAAAGAGAUUAAACAAGCAAGCAGGCAAGUGGAGAUGGGGAAAGACAGAUGCCAAACCAUAUAAAGAUCACCCAGAAGCAGAAGCUCAGAAGAGAAAAGAAUCUUCCUCCAGAGCUGACAGAGAGAGAAAGCCUUCCCCCAGAGCUGAUAUCCUCAAUUCAGACUUACAGCCUCCUAAACUGUGGGAAAAUAGAUUUCUACUUGUUAAAGCCACCCACUCGUGGUAUUUCUGUUAUAGCUGCACUAGAUAACUAAGACAUACAAUAUAUCAUGUAUAUACUAUUUUGUAUCUUGUGGGCCCUGGUGGCACAGUGGUUAAAGGGCUUGGGUGCUAACCAAAAGGUCAGCAAUUCAAAUCCACCAGCCAUUCCUUAGAAACCCUAAGGGGCAGUUCUGCUCUGUCCUAUAGGGUAGCUAUGAAUCAGAGUCAACUCGAUAGCAACAGGUUAUUUUCUGUCUGGCUUCUUCCACUGAGCAUAUUUUUUAAGUUCAUGCUGAUGUAUGUGUUGGUAAAUGUUCUUUUUUUAUUGCUGAGUAUUAUUAUUCUCCUCUAUAGGUACAGCACAAUUUGUUUCUAUGUUCACCUGUCAAACAUUUGGGCUGUUUCUAGUUUGGGGCUAUUAUGAGUAAAGCUGCCGUGAACAUUCACUUUGAAGCCACUGUGUGAACAUAUGUUUUCAUUUCUCUUGGAUAAAUACCUAUGAAUAGAAUUGCUGGGUCAUAUGGUAAAUGGAUGUUUAAACUCUUAAGAAACUGUCAAACUUUUUUCCAAAGUGUCUGUACCAUCUUGCAUUUCCACCAGCAACAUACGAUAGAUCCUACUGCCCCACAUCCUCACUAACACUUUCUAUUCUGGCCCUUGUAAAUUUAGCCAUUCAUGUGGGUAUAUAGUAGGAUUUCAUUCUUUUUUUAAUUUUCAUUUUCCUAAUGACUAAAGCUAUUGAGUAUCUUUCGUAUGAGUAUUGAUCAUUCAUAUGUCUUCCUUUGUGAGAUGUGUGUUCCAAUAGUUUGGACAUUUUUUUUAUUGGUUGUUUAUCUUUUCAUUAUUGAAUUGUGGAAAUUUGUUACAUAUUAUAUAGGCAAGUCUUUUGACAAAUAUGUGUUAUGAAUAUUUUCUCCCAUUCUGUGACUUAAAUAUUGUGAACCUCACAAAACGUGGUUAACCUUUUGCUUUAAACAAUUAUCUUCUAAAAGAUUUCUUAAUGAGGAAUAAAUGCUUUAUGUUUACCUACAUAUUUCCCAUUCUGGUGCUCUUGCUUCCUUAGUGCAGACCCAAGCUUCCAUCUGGUAUCAUUUUUCUUCAGCCCGAAGAACUUCCUUUAACAUUUCUUGUAGUGAAGGAAGAUCUGAUUUUGAUAAAUUCUUUAGGUUUUUAUCCUUAAUCUUCAUUUCUGAAGGAUAUCUUCUCUGUAUAUGGAAUUCUAGGUAGGCAAGGUUUUUUUCUUUCAGUACUUUAAAGAUACAUUUCAUUGCUUUCUGUCUUGCCAUUUUUAUCUUUCUUUCUCUAUAUAAAAAGUUUUUCUAAUUGCCAGUUAGCAUUUCUUUUUAAUCACUAGUUUUUAGCAGUUUUUUGGACAUAUAUUUUGGUGUGUGUAUUUAUCUUGUUUGUGAUCUGAUGAGCUUCUUGGAGCUCUGGCUUUAUAUUUUCAUCAAAUUGAAAAAUUAUUUGGCCAUUAUUUCUUUAAAAAAUUUUGUGUUCCUACCCCAAUUUGAAUUAAACUGUUUGAUAUGUUGCUUCAUUUGUCUGGUAAUUUUUAUUGGCUUCUGGACAUAAUUGAACACGAUUUUGUUGUGUUAUUUAAAGAACAUUGGAUUUUGUUCUCACAGUCCGUGAAGUUACUUGUAGAUGAGCCUGAUCCUUUUCAGACUUGUUUUUAAUCUUCAUUAGCGUGGGUCUACAGUAGCAUCUGUUCUUGAACUUUGGAACCUUUUUCUGCAACUAAGAUGAGCUCUUCUUGGGAUUCUGUUGAAUGCCUGAGUUUUUCAAAACUACGUUUCAUACUUUCAAUGUUGGGAACCUGAACAAAGUUGGGAACUUUUUUUUUUUUCCACAUGUGGCUGUCCAGUUGUUCUAGCAUCAUUUGUAGAAAAAAAACUGUCCUUUUUCCAUUGAAUUGCCUUAGAUCAGUUGCCUGUGUUUGCGUGCAUCUAUUUCUGGGCCCUGGUCACUUUGAGUUGAAAUUGACCCAGUGGCAAUGGGUUUGUUUUUUUUUUAAUUCUGUUCCAUUGAUCUGUUUGUCAAUUCUUUUACCAAACCACACUGUCUCGAUUACUGUAGCUUUAUAGUAAGUAUUGAAGUCAGAUACUGUCAGUCCUCUGACUUUGUUCUUCUUCAAUAUUGUGUUGGCUAAUAUGGGCUUUUUGUCUUUCUGUGGUGGCAUAGUGGUUAAGAGUUAUGGUGGCUAACCUGAAGAUCGGCCAUUCAAAUCCACCAGCUGCUCCUUGGAAACCCUGUUGGGACAGUUCUACUCUGUCCUGUAGGGUCACUGUGAGUCAGAAUUGACUCUGCGGCAGCGGGUUUAGUUUUUUGGUUUACAUAAACUCUUGAAUUAGUUUGUCGAUAUCCAGAAAUUUAACUUUCCAGGAUUUUGAUAUAGAUUAAGUUGGGAAAACAUGACAUCUUAACAAUAUUGUGUCUUCCUUUCUAUGAACUGGAAUAUCUCUCCAUUUAUUUUGAUGGUUGAUUUAUUUCAUCAGAGGUUCAUAAUUUUCCUCAUAUAUACAUACUUGAUUAGAUUUAUAAUUGUUUUGUUUUAGUGCUAAUGUAAAUAGUAUUGUGGGGUUUUUUUAUUGUAUUUUUUUUAACAUACUUUAUGUUUUAGAGCAGUUUUAGGUGUACAGAAAAUUACACAGAAAAGAUGAUUUCCACAUACCAGUCUCCCCCAGCACACAGUUUCUUAUGUUAUUAUCAUCUUGUAUUAGUGUGGUACAUUUGUUGUAAGUGAUGAACCAAUAUCAACACAUUAAUUACAGCCCAUAGUUUACAUUAGGAUUCACUCUUUGCGUUGUAGGGUUCUGUGGGUUUUGACAAAUGCAUAAUGUCAUGUAUCCACCAUUACAGUAUUGUGAAGAAUAGUUUCACUGUCCUUAAAAUGUUCUGUGCUUCAACUUUUCAUCCAUCCCCUCCUCCUCCUGAACCCCUGGCAAAGACUGAUCCUUUUUAAUGUUUCUAUAGUUUCAUCUCUUCCAAAAUGUCAUACAGUUGGAAUCAUUCAGUGUGUGACUUUUUCAGACUGUCUGCUAUCACUUAGCAAUAUGCACUUGGGAUUUCUCCUGUCUUUUUUGUAGCUUGAUGGCUCAAUUAUUUUAUCAAAUUCUAUUUGUUCAUUGGUGGUACACAGGAAAGCAAUUGACUUUUGUGUUCUGCAGCCUGGCUGUAAUUGCGCAUUAGUUCCAGGAGAUUUUUUGUUGAUUCUUUUGGAUUUUUAACAUAGAUGAUCUUAUCACCUGGGAAAAAAGACAAUUUUAUUUUUUCCUUCCCAAUAUGUAUUCCUCAUCAUAUCCUUUUCUUGUUGCGUUAGCUAGAACUUCUAGUACGAUGUUGAAUAGGUCUCACAGGGGAGACCUUGCCUUGUUCCAAAUCAUACGGGGAAUACAUCUAGUUUUUUGCUAGUAAAUGUUAACGAUAGGUUUUUUUGUAGGUAUUCUUUAUCAAGUUGAGAAAGUUUCACUCUGUUCCUAGUUUUCUGAGAAUUUUUAUCAUGAAUUGGUUGGAUUUUGUCAAAUGCUUUUUCUGCAUAUAUUAA